AGGGGAAUGCAUGUAAGUUACUGCUUACAUGUGUGUCUCCCUCCUUGCAGAAGCGAGCCAUCUUGCAGGCUGCCCGGUAUUCCUUAUUGGAGUCUUGUGAAACUCUGCAGUGGGCCUCUGAAGUUUUUGGUGAUUCUGUUUUGGUUGCCCUCAUUGGAAGUCCACCUACUUGGGUGCUUUUUAUGCUGACAGAGAUUUCUGUGGUCCACAAUCCAGUCUUGCGCUGAUUGGGCAGUUCCACCAGUGGGAUCUGGCUGUCCUCUUGAUGUCAUCAUCAUAAUCUCCCUCUUUCCUUGUGCGGGAUUAUCAUGGUUAUGAAGCAGGACACCCUGUGAACAUUCACUGUUCUCCAGGGGCCUUUUCAUUUAGGUUUGUUUUUUUAUUCCUGGUUUUGAUUUGGUGGGAUACCAAGAGCCAACAUGUUGAACCAGAGUGCUGUGAUGCUCUUCACUGGGAUCUGUGGGGCGUUGGUCAUUAUGGCAAUGGCCUACUAUAUCUACUGGUCCGUAAUAUUGGCUGAAGGGCCGUGUAAGCGGGGUUUGUAAAAGGAUCCCACCGUGGUUGGUCGUAGUGUGUGCAGAGAGGAGCCUACUCAGCUCCCCGGGCUCCUCAGCCAUGGCUCUACUGGCCUACCUGAAGAGCCUGUUCAUCCUGCAGCUGCUGAUGGGCUUCGUUUUCGUCGUGAGCGGCCUCAUCAUCAACUUCAUUCAGCUCUGCACCUGCAUUCUCUGGCCGAUCAACAAGCAGCUCUAUCGCAGAAUCAACUGCCGGCUCUCCUACUCCCUCUGGAGCCAGUUGGUGAUGCUGCUGGAGUGGUGGUCGGGCACAGACUGCACCCUCUACACCGACCAGGCCACGGUGGACAAGUUUGGCAAGGAACACGUUAUCAUCAUCCUCAACCACAACUUCGAGAUCGACUUCCUCUGCGGCUGGACCAUGUGUGAAAGAUUUGGCGUCCUCGGGAGUUCAAAGGUGCUGGCCAAACACGAGCUGCUGAAGGUGCCUCUGAUUGGCUGGACCUGGUACUUCCUGGAGAUCGUGUUUUGCAAGAGGAAAUGGGAGGAGGACAGAGACACUGUCUUCGCAGGACUGGACAGGCUCAAAGACUACCCCGAAUUUAUGUGGUUUCUCCUGUACUGCGAGGGCACCCGCUUUACAGAGAAGAAGCACCAAAUCAGUAUGCAGGUUGCAGAAAGUAAAGGCCUGCCUAAACUCAAAUACCACUUACUUCCCCGAACCAAAGGCUUCACCACCACACUGCAUUGUCUCAAAGGCACAGUAACUGCUGUUUAUGAUGUGACCCUCAACUUCAAAGACAACCAAACUCCCACUCUGCUGGGCAUCGUCAAUGGCAAGAAAUACAAAGCCGACAUGAGCGUGAGGCGGUUCCCUGUAGAGGACAUCCCAGACGAUGAGAAAGAGUGUGCCAACUGGCUGCACAAGCUCUACCAGGAGAAGGAUGCCCUGCAGGAGCACUACCACAAAGAGGGCAGCUUCCCUGGUCCCACCAUCAUCCCACAUCGCCGGCCGUGGACGCUGCUAAACUUCCUGUUCUGGGCCACCCUGCUGCUUUCACCCCUCAUCAACUUCGCCUGCGGGGUGGCCGUCAGCGGCUCGCCCCUCCUCAUCAUCGGCUUUAUCCUCUUUCUCAUUGUAGCCUCCAUAGCAAUCCGCCGCCUCAUAGGAGUCACCGAGGUGAAGAAAACAGGCUCGAGCUACGGCGACCAGGAGGCCAAGAAACAAAACUAGACCCUGUCACCCCGUCUGUGUGUGCGGCGGUUUCAGUACGGUCGCCCUGCGGUCCCCCAAUCCCACCCCUCUCCAUUCCCCUCCUACUGUCGAGUCGGUCAGUAGGCCGGGCGGGGGGCCAAACCAUUAAACAGAGAGACCAGAGUUAGAGAUAUUAAUAAUGACAGUAGAGGGAGAGAGAGCGUAGAAGGUCUGUGCACCUCGCUCUCUGCAGUAGGAGAGAACACAAGGACAAAUUAGACUACAAGAAGGGGAGUUGCAGUUCUGCAUGCCCUUGCUUCUUGCCCCUUAAUCAACCCAGCUACCCAGUGUCCCCCCGCCAAGUACCCUUAAAUUUCCCAGUGGUAACACCCUCGCUUCAGCUCCCAGCCCCACCGAGGUCACACAGACAGCCAAUCAACAAGCAAACUAGUCCAUUUCCUGCUUGGCACAACCAGCCUCGACUUCCCUGUCUCACUCUUCAGUCGUAAGCCAACUGGGGAAAGAGGUGAAGCCCUCAUCCUCUCGCCCCGGGACACACACCAAUCAGUAGCUCAUCUUUUUAACCUAAACCUUCAUUCUGAGGUUGUGUGUUUCUACAACAACAAGCUGAGGCAGUUGACCUUAGCAGCCACCUCAUGUAACAUACGUCUCCUUUCCUUCCUUCCUUUCGUUAACUGGGACUUGUAAUGUAAUUGUUAAUUUUACUUACUUGGGUUUUUACUUUUAAAUGUUUAUUCUGUCUCUGCUGUUGGGCGUUGUGCCCUCAAACCUCCGUGCGUGAUGGAGCUUAAGUGAAACAUCUUGGUAGAAGCAUUUUUUUUUUUUAACAAGAAAAGCUCCUGGUGUCAACCAAGUUGUGCUCAAUAGCAGAGACAGGAGCGCUACAAAGUUUUUAGAAAAACAAAAAAGAGACUUGGUGUCUGUGUUAACACUACAGUAAGGGCUCUGAAUCUGACAACUGUCCUCAUCAAGGAUACCUACCAUCUGUUAGAGGUCCCGUAAUGGCAGCCCGCAGCACCAACACCCUCUGAUUCAUUUUGGCAACUUUGUUUUCAUUUUGUUUGUUCCAUUUUCACUUGCUUGCACACAAAUAGCAACUUGCAUGCACGUUGCCAUGCAACUUUGAAGAUGAACCAAUAAUUUUGACCAUCUCUGAUCCCUCAGUUGUGAUCUCAUUUUGACCAGCUACGCCAGUCCACACACUGAAACGCUUCAACAGAACACCUUCCUCUAACGCCUGUCCUGACAGUUGAAAUGCAGUACACACAGGGAAGGAAAGGAAAUUACAGUUGAUGUGAAAGUGCUGCUUCCACUGUUGAGCCGGUGGAAUCAGCUUAGAGAAAUGAGCCACCUACUGUCCUCAUGUAGCCUCACAGCUGUUAGCAUCACAUUUUCUUGCUGUCCAGACUGAACUGCACAGUAGUAAUGUUUUAACCUUUGCCUUAAUCAAGCUUGCUCAGGCAAGGGAUUGCUCAUUUGCCACCCCUUUAAAACAACACCCACCUAUUUACCCCUUCCCCUCGGCUUUAUUUCUUUAUCACUUUUCAGUAUCUGCCCUCGUCAUCCCAUUUCAGCAGUGCACAGUGGAAUAGCAAGUGUUGCUUUGAGAGCACCAAAACGAGUGAAGUGUUGAAAAUCUGCUUUUUCUUUUUUUAUCUACAAAGUGGUCAGCUGGGAAGCUGUUGUUCGUAAUGGCCUCCUCAGCACUGUGCACAUUCUCACUAAUUGACUUAAGCUGCUUACAGACCACGUGUUGGCCAGCUUUUCCCCCCUCUUAAGUUUGCUGUUGCUAUCGCUUGGCACAGUGAGGCCCACGGUCAGACAUCUUUCAAAACAGUUCAGUAUCUUUCUAGAUUAAUUCAACCUGUGGUUUGUACAUUUUCACUUAUUUUGAACCGAGCUGCUGCAGUACCUCUAAUAUGAAGGACACAUUUACUGGUCGCAAAAUGCAAACAAUGGUAGCAAGACACCCUCUGCCGCCUGUGGGAUUAAUCAUUUUGCUUUCCUCUGGUUUCAUUUUGUGUCCUCACUCCUCUCUAGAGCUUUCAAAAUACCAGUCCUUGGCACUACUUCAUUAUUUCUUAGUGUUAUCUUAACCAGGACAGAUUCAUGCAAGCCUUAAUAGACAGUGCUGCUUCGUUUUGUGUGAAUAUUUAGAUGCAGUCUGAGCCCCCACGGUAGCAAGGAAUCGAACAGGAGAAAGAAAAAGAAGUCCUCUCCAAUAAUAGCAUGCUGACAACCCAGUUGCAAGGGUUCUAAUGUUUAAACAUGAAGGAUUAAAGAUGUCAUGAGAAACUCUCCUGUUAGGUAUAGAGCUUAAACAGGUUUGUUCAUUAAGUGGUCCACAUUUUUAUCCGCUGAUACUUUGAGUUGCAUUACCUCAAAUGUUUGUGUGAAGUGAAAGCUUUGGGGUUUAGUCUCAUGGCUUUCUUUCUUUCUCUCUUUGAAAGAUCCAUCUUUCCCCCUUCUGUUUGAUCCCAACAUACAGCAUCACAUGCUCAUCCAGUCCGCCCCUCCUGCAGUUAGGCAUUCAGUGAAAACAGUGUACUCCACAGCAAAAAGGACAUGGAGAAGUUAAAAACAUUUCUUUUGAAGGUUUUCUUACACUGGAGGUUUUUUUAUUCAGCAAAGAAAAAUCCCACUGUAACUUAUGGUCUGAUUUUUGUUUUGUGUUCAGAGUGCUUGAAUGGAAUCAAAUAGCGUCAGAAAAUUGACACUGUUAAUGACCUUUUUCAGCUAGAAGGUAAUUCAGUUUAGUGGCAUCUCUUGAGUCAUCUUUUAUUUAUUUGUCUUUUUUUCUAAGUCUAUUUGUACCUGUUUUCUUCAAUUAAAACAAUUAAGAAUAUUAAAGAAUUUAAUCACAAUGAGAUUCAUACUCUUGAUUUAUUUGGAUCUGUGUGGGUUUCUCUGUGCACACUGCAAUUUGUGUAAUGGGAGUUAAGCACAGUGUGAUACUGGGGGGAAGAAUAGCUGAAGGCACACACCAUUUAUUUCACUCGUUUCUUCCUCCAUCCAUACAACCAUUUUCACAGAGGCACGGCCACCAUCCAUCAUUUCUCAUUUAUCACACCAACCACUUCUCCAUGAGAUCUCCACAGGACCUUUGAGAUUUAAAGGCACACUGCGAGUGUGCCCGUGUGCUGAGAGACUGUAUAAACUGAAAAAAUGUACAUAAUGUAAAUGAUGAAUGUCACACACUUUUAGAAAUGACAGAACUGUACCUAGCUGUUCUUUUGCUAUAGAUCUUUUGAAUGACAGGCCAUGCAGUGAGGCUACAACCAAAUGUACCACUGACACCAACAGCUGAUGAAAAGGCUACUGCAGAAGGAGAUAAAAACGGAGCUGGCCUCUUUGGGUAUCGCCUCCAAAACGAUCUGCAAAGGUCAUGCUCAACACUAUCUCACGUUUUAUGUUUUGAGCUGUAAAUACCUUCAGCGACUCCUAACUUGAAACGAAGGCUCCAAAAGGGGCAGCCCUAGUCAUAGAUGAUGCUUAUGGAGCAUUUUUCCAAACAAUGACUUUGUAAUUAUUCAUGAUUUCUUACAGUACAAAACUGUAGUCCUCUUACUUUUUGCAUGAUGUGCAUUGUUGCACAGUCACUGAACCGAGUUAAUUCUGACUCAGGGAUUCUUUUACAGACUGGCAAUGGAACAGCUGUUGCAUUCACUCUGAAUUUGAAUCUGAAUAAAAAGGCUUUCUGAGGAAGCUGAAA